UAUGCACUUUGUGUAUAACUUUCCGCGCGUGUCCAACACAAGUCCACUAAUCACUCCAAACUCUUUGGAGAAAGGAAGCGACGGUCCGCUGCAACACUCAACUUCUCCCCCUUUUUUUCAAUACAUCUCUCCAAAACUACCACCACUCAUGUUUCUGAGAAAACUGAAGUAGUCCGACUAUCGAAUACUGAGCUAAUUGGAGUUGGAACAAUCGGGAAAACGCAGGCCUAAUUUUGAAAGGGAAGUGACAGAAUUGUAAGAAAACAAUGUUUUGGGACACAAAUAUGGAGCAUAUUCCGCUUGAGAACCGGCCGCCUUCGUCGUUGUUCGGCGGCUACGAGCGAGCGCCGUUCGGUGAUGUCAUACCGGUGCAUCAGCAGUACGGUCGUGGGAGAGCAACCCACGAACACCACCAUCACCACGAGGGGGUGAAGAGGCGGCGGAGGAAGGCCAAGUGUCCCGUCCAACAGGUGCACCAGAGACAGGCGGCUAACCUCCGCGAGAGGAAGCGGAUGCAGUCCAUCAAUGAUGCCUUUGAGGGGUUGCGGGAGCACAUCCCGACCCUGCCCUACGAGAAGAGACUGUCUAAGGUGGAUACUCUCAAGCUGGCCAUCGGAUACAUCAACUUCCUUGCCGAGAUGGUUACGUCGGAUGUCAACAGUCCGGAUGGGUCGCAGAACGGUGGGCAGGAACAUCAGAAGAAAGUCAUCAUUUGUCACAGAGGUUCUCCAUCACCGUCCGAGAUGGGUCUCCAACCCUUGGCCGGACACUCCCUCUCGUGGUGCAGCGAGAAGAAAACCUCCCCGGGGCCCAACCACACCAUGACCGCCAAAGUCUGGACGCCCGAAGACCCCCGACAACUCAAGUUUACUUCCAUGGACAUGGACGGUUCGCUGGACAGUCACCUAGGUUCACCGCCUCUCGUGCUAUAGCAGAUGGUUAACUUCCUCCCGAACAGGGAAAAUGUCUUUUGCCGGUUGUGGGAACUCUUGCAAUAACGGGGCAGUGGUGUACGCAUCUGUAGAACUCGCGAGGAGUUACGUCUGCUUACUGUGCGUCCAACGCGGCCGCCAUUUUGAAUGAACUUUCCGAGAACUGCAACAUUUAGUCUUUUUAAUCCCUUAAGAACUCACCGGUUAUUCUUCACAAGGAGGUAAAGUGAGUAGUCCUGAAGCGCAUGUGAAAGCUCCAAAACACCCAGGUGGUAAAUUCCAGGCACUGAAAAGGCUAAAAAGUUGACUUCUGUCUCCAAUGUUGAUGCCGUUCCGUCGAAGUUGGGAUUCACGUUGUCUUUGAACUUAACUACCGGUGCGAGUCACCGCGCAUGCUCAGAGUACUGCCAGCGAUUGGUUCGUCCUAGUUUGCACCUGUUUGACAAUGAACACGAAUGUCAAAAAUGUUCGCCAUUGUUCCCCAAACUGCCAAUUUCGUCUGCUUGGAAAUGGCAUUUACCUGAAAUGAAAAGAGAUACAUGAAACCUUUUAAAAGCCCUUUUUCAGUUAGGUAACAAAAAAUAAAGAGGUACGCGCGAACAGCUUUUAUUGGAGCCCAACACAGUAUUCCACAGUAUUACUUUCGAUAACCGAAUCAAAAGCUUCCAAAUGUUCAGAACUUUAAGUAGUGCAGAGCCAACGUUCCAUAGAAUAGCAACUUUGAGUUCAAUGAUAAUGUCACAGAUGUAGAGUCAUCCUCGGAAAGAAUUAUUAUAGACAAACUGCUUUGUUUUUUAACUUUAAAAAAGGUAUUCACCGACGUGCCAUAAAUUGUUUUUAGAAGUGACACUGCCAAACCAUAGUGCUAAACGUUUAAAUUACACCUUGGCAUUCAAUCUGAGAAUCUAACAGAAUGCACAAGUGCUAAUGUUAAACACAAAAGGUUUUGCAGUGUGUCAUUAGAAUUUCGUUGCUUGCUUUUAAUUUUUUUUUUUUUAAGGUUUUAAAUGGCACAACAUGUGCAAUAGCCCUCUGCAUGUUUUUCAAUUCAUAAAGCUGUGAUCAGCGAUUAUGAUUGUCGCAUGCGGUGGAUAAUUUAGUGCUUAUCUUUCCUGUAGUUUGCAGCUCGGUAUAAGGGGCCUAAUAUUAUGUACUUAUACGUCACGCAAAUUUACAUAUUUCACAGACCUUUCUGGUAACAACUUUUGCUAAACCAAAUUUUCUCUCUUAAUCGCAUUACGUGAUAUGGUUCUAUUUUUUUGUGUGAGGUAACACCAUUCUGUAAGUUCCGUUUCUGCAAUUUUUUGUCUCGAUAAUUUUAUAUGAGAAGUAAUAGUGCUUCAAACUACGCCUUUUUUGUAUUAUUACUGUGGUAAUUGUUUUUGGAAUAAUAUUUUGAAAUUUCCAUUGUGUACUUUGAACGGGCAUAUCAAUAUAAAACCUUAUCUUACUGCUUUGUAAUUCGAUAAGAAAGAAGAUAAUCACUGAACGCAAAAUUUAGCAAGGACAUUUUUCAACGCCAGCGACAAAAAAAA